GCAAGGUGAAGUAAACAAGCAGGCAGUGCCAGAACCUCCUGCCCACAAACGUGCUUCCAUAGAUGUUUGAUUUGUAGACUCACCAAUCGUUGGCUCCAAAGAGCUGCGACCUGUAGAGUGCCUAGAGCUCCUUUCGAUAGGCAGAGCUGACAUUUGUUGGUCCGACAUUGGAUUCUGGGCGUUGAGGCCAAGCAAGGCAGUUUUUCCAUGUUUUUCGCUUGGGAUUCCAAGGGGAAUCGGAGAAGGUGGUCUAAGGGACCGACCAAAGAGAUGUUGGGUGGCCAGUCAACGAGCGGAGAAGGUAUGAUACAUGAAUCAGAUACAUCCCGCUGAUGAUUGGAAGAGUUUGGAUAACACGACAAGACAUGAUAGCGUCGCCAGUAAAAACGCUGAGAUGGGAGAUGGGUAUGGAAAAGAAAAAGGCAGACAGUCUGGACACGUUUGUCUGACUUCGGACACGUCGAGCUUUCGUGGGAGGCUGGGUCAGCGCUGCUCCACGAGGCCAGCGUAGGACGGCGCGGAGCCGCCGUGCCAAGCGCCCCUGGCCGCGCGCGGAGAAGGAGUGCGCGGUGCGCGUGGCGGAGUUCCACGAGAUGACGCCGGGAGGAGGUCUGAGAGAUCCUUACCACUACGACGUGGGCUCCUUCAUGACAGUGGAUGUCUUGCUGCAAAGCCCAGAUGCCGGCGGACAUUUUCAAACCCUGGAGAGAGGCCAAAGAUUGCGCAAGCAUCGCUUUGAUCCUGGGGAUGCCUUGAUCUUCCUUGGGCACAAGUACCAUUGUGUGACUCCUGUGGAAGCCGGUUGCCGCCGGGUGCUGGUGGUCGAGCUUUGGCAUGGUCAGGAGCGCACCUGCGGCCAUCGCUGUGAUCGGCGCUGGAAGCGCUGCGACUUUGGGCGCUGGACGCGACGCCAGAAAAUGGGACGAACUGUGAUCUAUGUCUCAAAGUGAG